CCCCGCGGGCGGGGGAAGAGGAGGGCCCGGGAAAAGCACCGCCCGACGCCGGGACGCCAUUUGCCGUAGCCGAACGUGGGUGCAGGAGGCUCUCGGAAGCAACCCGUGGCCGACCUCUCCCGACCACGUUUCUCUGCUUCCCUCUCCGACUUCAUCCCGCGCUCUCCACAGCGUCGUCCAUCGGAGCCGCAGCGGUCCUUGACGCCUCCAGCCGGUCUUCACCGCCAUGCCCAAGAAUAAAGGUAAAGGAGGUAAAAAUAGACGUAGAGGUAAGAAUGAGAAUGAAUCUGAAAAGCGAGAGCUGGUGUUCAAGGAAGAUGGGCAAGAAUAUGCUCAGGUAAUCAAAAUGUUGGGAAAUGGACGACUAGAAGCAAUGUGUUUUGAUGGUGUAAAGAGGUUAUGCCACAUUAGAGGGAAAUUGAGAAAAAAGGUUUGGAUAAAUACCUCAGACAUCAUAUUGGUUGGCCUCCGAGAUUACCAGGAUAACAAAGCUGAUGUAAUUCUAAAAUACAAUGCAGAUGAAGCUAGAAGUCUUAAGGCAUAUGGCGAGCUUCCAGAACAUGCUAAAAUCAAUGAAACUGAUACAUUUGGCCCUGGAGAUGAUGAUGAAAUUCAGUUUGAUGACAUUGGAGAUGAUGAUGAGGACAUUGAUGAUAUCUAAAGUGAACUCAACAUUCUACAUUCCAGUCUUUCUGAAGAUUGUCCUACAAGUUUGGAAUCUGGCCGUAGACCACAAGGAAAAGUUUUCACUAUCUUGAUUGUAAUUUGUUGAGGCAGACUUAAUUUGUUAACUAAGGUCGCUUCUUUCAAAACUGAUGUGCUGAACUAUCUUAAGUGACAUGUUAUGCCCACUUUGUUCUUUCGAUGUAAUGGAAAUUAGGGAGGAAAAAAAAUGCUUAUGCCUUUCUUGCUUUGACCACUUCCAGUAAGGAAGUGGAUGUUUGAAUAAACUAUUUGCCUUGUACUCCCUAUAAAAUACAAUUGGGCCCUGUUUGCAUUACUGUUGACUGUACUAUGUUUGUAUGUAUUCCAGUUGCCCAGAGAUUUUGAUACAAAUGAAGGAGGCAAAAAUCUGUUAUACUGUUUUAUUGGUUUUCUUUUUGUGUUUUGAGUCAGAGUCUCACUUUGUUUCUUAAGUGAGUUUGGAACUCACUGUAGUCCUGGUGGACCUCAGACUCACCCUAAUCUUUUCUCAGCCUCCUGAGUACUGGGGUUGCAAGCAUGUACCACCACACUGAUACCCAGCAAAACAUGUAUUUAAAAGCAAAACUGAUAAGUCUUCCUUUCAAAUUUAAGUACCAUGGAUAUUUUUGUACUAAUUUUGAUACCAUGUGAGUUCUUUUCAUGAUCUUAUUUUGCCAUCCUAAACUUACUGGGGGGCAUGGGGAGGCAUUUCCAGAAUGUUUUUAGAACUUGGUUUUUAAUGCCCAUUUUGAACUAAGGAUAGUAGUUGCGAAAAUUGAACACUAGGUGGAGCUCAAUUGUCUUAACAUUGGAAAUAUUGUUGGGAUGAUUUCUUUUCUCAGCUAAUGCACAUUUCCUAAUGUGCAUAGGAAAUUUCCCAGACAAGGAAAAAAUUGUUUUACUCCUGUGUGUAGAAUAUUUUUACAGAACAGAAAGACUGUUGAAAUUGUUAUUUUAUUUUCAGACAUCUUGUUCACAUAAACUACAAAUUUGAGUGCUUUAUAAACACAUCAGAUAUAGAUAAGUGAAGAUUUAAAUUCAUGACAACCUGUAUAGAUAAAUGCUUUUUCAGCCUAUCCAUAAAUUGAGGAAAACAGAGUAACAAACGCAAUGAGCUAGGAAUCCUGGCAUGGCCUUUAAUCCUGCACUUGGGAGGUCCAUGCAGGAGGGUUGGGAGUUCAAAAUCUGCCUCAGCUACUUAGGAAGUUCUAGGCCAGCCUCAGCUACAUGAGACCCUCUCUCAAAAACAAAUAGAAAACAAAAUUUAAGGAAAAGAUGCUUUCUAAUUUCUGAAUGAAAGAGCUACAGCUGGAAAAAAACAAAACCAUGCUGCAGAGUCAUUAUACUCUGACUUUGUAUUAUUAACUUUACUAUGCGGAUAGUUUGGGGGUCCAAUUUUAUUUGUAUUGGCAAUUUAGGUUUACUCUUAUUUAGGAAUUAGGAAUUAACAAUUCAGUUAGAGCUAGGCUAGUCAGAAUUCACUAGCCAUGCAGAGAUCAUACACAUUUUAAACAACAGAUCCAUCAUGUACCUUGUAGGCCUUGUGUUCUGCUGGUGUCCAGAGAACUAGUAAUUGACGCAGUUACAAAAAGAAUGACUGUUCACAUGACUUCCAACAACUUGAAGAUCUUCUCUAAUCCCUUUAACUGUGACUUCAUUUCCUAAGUGUGCAUACUUUGAACUCAAAGUCUGAGGUACUAUAAAAAACAGAAAAGAGUGCAUCACUGUGGUCCAUAUUUCUUAUUCUGUGAAAUUUCUUAGUAUGUAUCUAGGUAGAAUGCAUUUGAGGACAGGGCUGAAACUAGCCCUGAGGAGUUUGCUUAACAAUAGUCUUCCUCAAUAAUCUUAACGUAUUUAGACCUCUAUACCCGAAAAGUAUUCUGCUAGCUGGGUGUGGUGGCCUUCGCCUGUACACCUGUAAUCCCAGCACAGGAGGAUUUGCUGUUCAAGGCCAACCUGGCCAUGUAGUUCAGGCCAGCCAGGGCUAUAUAGUCAGACACUGUCUCAAAAAAAAACCAACAACAAAAAGUGUUUUGCUAAAUUUGCAGUGAACAUAGAUACACACUAUUUUAUCAUGAGUGUUUAAACUCUGCACAGGUGAUACAGUUCUUGAUAGGAGUAAUACAGCUCAAAUAUUUUCCACUUAUAACAAAUAGAAAGGUUUUUAAAAAUUACUGUCCAUCCAUGUCACUUCUGGUAGUUUUAAUUCUUCAUGCCUAAAUAGUAGCACAGCAGUCUAUUCCUAUUGUAUCCUAUACGAUCUGGAAUCAUAAUGAUUAAAGGUAGUUGAAUACAGUUGUCACUCAUUCAAAUGUUCCCUGGAAGAAUUUUCUUGUAUUUGAUGUGGGGAUUGUAUAAUUUCGUUGAUUGUUUAUAUUUCAAAUAAGGAAUGGAUGUGGUCUUCAACAAAACUGUUUAUUUUUUCUUUUUGGUGUGACUCCCAUAAUACAGUGCUAAAAGAAGUACCCAGAAAGAAAAUAAAAUGUUUGAAACCUAA